AUGGCCGCGUUAAAGUUUGACGAAAAUAAAGUCCCCUACCUGGACCUCGGGAACGGUUAUAGGAUCGCGCUCGAAGGUGAAGAGUAUACCGAUGCCAUCUCGAAGGAAAAGGCCGCUCGCGAGCUGCGCGAGACGCCGGACGUGGUUGAAAAAUCGUUACAGGAAUUACGAUCACUGUUACAAGAGGAAAAAUCUCUCUACAUCCCUAUGGACAAUGAUGCUUUUAUGAUCAAAUUCCUACGACCGUGCAAAUACUACGCGAAAAGUGCAUUCGAGCUGAUUCAACGCUACUAUCGUUUCAGGAGCAAACAUCCCGACUUAUGCGAUGAGCUGUUCCCUGCCUCGGUGACGCACGUCUACGCGGAAGGAUUGGUUCACUUUCUUCCCUUGCGCGAUCAGCACAAUUCGCGAAUUCUUGUGCUUGAGUGUGGCAAAAAAUGGAAACCAGCGAAAGUGACGCUCACCGAUCUCUUCCGGGCCGUGCAGCUCGCCCUGGAGGCCGGCAUGUACGAACCCCGGACUCAGCUGAACGGGGCCAUCGUCAUUCUGGACAUGGAGGGACUCUCGCUGACACAAAUCAUGCAGUUCACGCCCAAGUUUGCCGCCAUGGCGCUCGACUGGAUCCAGCAGUGUACGGCCAUGCGCCUCAAAGCGGUGCACAUUUUGAAUAACUCGUACCUGUUCAACAUGCUGUUUGCCAUCUUCAAGCCAUUCCUCACGGAGAAGCUACGCAAACGGCUGUUCUUCCACCAGAAGGAUUGGAAUUCGCUUAUGUCGCACAUCGACGCCAAAUGUCUACGCCCCAAGUACGGUGGCACGCUGGAGUGCUUGGAAACCGAUGGUCAACUGUUGGGGGAGAUGUUUGAGCUCUACCAAAAAGAAUUUGAACUUGCCAAUUCCUUCGGAUAUCUUCGGAAGCAGGACUAGGAUGGAGCAAAACGGACAAUCCUCCUACUAUCACAACAGCUAAAAGGAUAUCUUUAGGAUUAAUUUGGAAUUAGUAACAGGUGAUAUGAACCAUACAAACGACAAUCUUAUGCACUGUGACGCUCCCACCAUCGGGGUUAGCAAAAGGGGACUUAUUUUCACUUUUUCUACGGUUUUAUUAUGUUGAUCUGAAAAGCAACGUGUUGA